AGGAAGUAAUGGCUCGCGGAACCCGGCGAUGACCCCAGCUUUUAGCGGUGACCUGGAGUGAGGGAGGAAAGAGGCGACAACUGCCCGGCUCUGCUGAGCGCGUUCGGCUUGGUGGUUCAUGGCGGUUCUGGCCACCCGGAAUAAUCCGAAGGGAGACUCAUUUGGAAGUUGAAAACUGGGAGUCAUCCCUGUGAUUCCAACCAUGGGUUCCUCAGCAUCUAGUCCUGCCGCUGCAGUUCAGGCCCCCAGUGCUUCAGACCCUCGACCUGCUUCACGGCCUUCAUGGUGCCCAAUGCAUAGAAGAGAGGGAACAGGCUGUCCAGAGAGUGCAGCAGCAUCUGGUCCAAGCUGUGAGAACAAAGCACACUCCGUGCCUGCCCACCAAGAUCGGGCCUAUGAGUUUGUGGAAUGCCCUUUUAUAAAUGCUGCAGCUAAGAAUAAGGAGAACCUUGACCCUUCAAAUCUGAUGCCACCACCUAAUCAGACUCCAUCCGCAGAUCAGCCUUUCGCACUGUCUACUGCCAGGGAGGAGUCAUCUAUUCCAAGAGCAGACUCUGAGAAAAAAUGGGUUUACCCUUCCGAACAGAUGUUCUGGAAUGCAAUGCUACGGAAAGGGUGGAAAUGGAAGGAUGACGAUAUUAGUCAGAAAGAUAUGUAUAAUAUCAUUAGAAUUCAUAAUCAGAAUAAUGAGCAAGCGUGGAAGGAGAUUUUGAAGUGGGAAGCCCUUCAUGCUCGUGAAUGUCCUUGUGGCCCGUCAUUGGUCAGAUUCGGAGGGAAAGCAAGAGAGUAUUCACCAAGAGCAAGAAUUCGGUCAUGGAUGGGGUAUGAGUUGCCGUUCGACAGGCACGACUGGAUCGUCAACCGUUGUGGUACAGAAGUUAGGUACGUGAUUGAUUACUAUGAUGGCGGCAAGGUCAACAAGGACUACCAGUUCACCAUCUUGGAUGUGCGUCCUGCCUUUGAUUCAUUCUCAGCAGUAUGGGACAGAAUGAAGGUCACUUGGUGGCGCUGGACUUCAUAACCACUCUUUUGCUAGGAAAAUAUUAUGAACUUUUUUUUUCUGAGACAUUAAACUAUUUUGCCCAAACAAAAGUGCACUCAUAACAUCACAGUGGGUAAUCAUACUUGAUCCUCUGUUCAGCAAAGGAUCCACUGUUCCUUUAAUGUUUGAGUCACAUUUUGCAUUGUAGUUGAUAGAGGUCAUUUUACGUCCCCCCCCCCCCAAUUUGGUAUUAGUGGGAAGCAGUCCCUUAGUUUUCCCAUUAACUACAGUAUUGUCUCAUAUUUCAUGUAGAAAGGUCUCAACCACCUCUGAAAAACACCUUUUCAGAAAAAAAAGAAAGCUGUCUUUAUUCUCAGGAGUAAGAGAUAGAGAACUUGAAAGUGUGAUGCUUUUACCUGGUCAAAUAUUUUGACCAGGUCUGUUCAUUAUAAGAAAGAAGCACUUACUCCUCUUUAAAAUGUUACCACUAUUUCUAAAGUCUCUACAGUCUGAGUAGCAUCUCUGAACAGAGUUCAGAGGUAAGCACUGAAAUGCACUCCAAAAGACUUAGGCAUGACUUGAUCUUGAGAGAAAUUUCAACUCACCAUGAGAAGAUGAUAAUGUGCUUUGAUAGAUGUAGCUUUCAAAAUGCUUUGCUUUUCAUUCCUGUUCUAAUAUGUAGCUGUUGCUAAGAAGCUGGACUCGUUGUCCCUGGAAAUUGACAGGUUAUCUUUAAGUUGCCCCAUUCCAUUCAAUCCUCCCUCUAGGAGCCUUCUUCCCAGUCGGCCUAAUCUAAACUUUCAAAGCCUGAACAAGUCACAUUUGUAAAACAAGAUUCUGCUUGGCUGACUGUUAGAAUUCCUAAGAAGUGUGCUU